UAACUUUAUAAAUACCCACCCCACCCGCGGUGUUUCUACGCAGUGAAUACAAGCCAAAAGAACAACAUGGACAAUGAUCUUUCUCCUCAGUUGCCCAAGAAAGUUUACGGUGCCAAUGGUGGCUCCUACUACGCAUGGUCCCCCUCCGACCUUCCCAUGCUCCACCAAGGCAACAUUGGUGCCGCUAAGCUUGCUCUCAACAAAAACGCCUUUGCUCUUCCUCGUUACUCUGACUCUUCCAAAGUCGCUUAUGUUCUUCAAGGUAGUGGAGUGGCUGGAAUAGUGUUGCCUGAAUCAGAAGAGAAGGUUGUUGCAAUAAAGAAGGGUGAUGCCUUGGCACUCCCCUUUGGUGUUGUGACCUGGUGGUAUAACAAGGAAGAAACUGAGUUGGUUGUUCUGUUCCUUGGGGACACUUCCAAGGCUCACAAGGCUGGUGAAUUCACUGACUUUUUUCUGACUGGUUCCAAUGGAAUCUUCACUGGCUUUUCCACCGAGUUUGUGGGCAGGGCUUGGGACUUGGAAGAGAGUCAUGUCAAGACCCUUGUUGGAAAACAACCAGCCAAAGGGAUUGUGCAGCUGGAAGGAAACAUCAGCCUUCCCGACCCUAAACCGGAGCACCGAAAUGGCAUGGCCUUGAACUGUGAAGAGGCUCCAUUGGAUGUUGACAUCAAGGGUGGUGGAAGGGUUGUGGUGUUGAACACCAAGAAUCUUCCCUUGGUUGGCGAGGUUGGACUAGGGGCUGAUCUUGUGAGGCUGGAUGGAAGAGCCAUGUGUUCGCCUGGAUUCUCUUGUGAUUCUGCUUUGCAGGUUACUUAUAUUGUCAGGGGUAGUGGCCGGGUUCAGGUUGUUGGUGUUGACGGCCGUAGGGUUUUGGAGACAACCGUGAAAGCUGGUAAUUUGUUCAUUGUGCCAAGGUUUUUUGUGGUGUCCAAGAUUGCUGAUCCUGAUGGACUGGAGUGGUUCUCUAUCAUCACUACCCCUAAUCCUAUAUUUACCCACUUGGCAGGAAGUUCUUCCGUGUGGAAGGCUUUAUCACCUUCGGUUUUGCAAGCUGCUUUCAAUGUAGAUCCAGAAGUUGAGCAACUGUUCCGUUCAAAGAGGACUGCCGAUGCCAUUUUCUUCCCUCCACCAAACUAGAUUAAGUAUUCCAUUGUUUGCUCGUAAAGAUUCCCCAUCCUCAUCCCGUCUUAUCUACACCGGAAAAUAAAAGGGGAAAUAAUGUCUUGUGAAAUUACUUUACUGUUUAAAAGUAUUUUCUUUGUUAAUUAGGAAUUUCAACUUUCGUUCCUUUUUUCUUUUUA